AUGAGAGUCCCCUCCAUUGUAUCGACAUUUUGGUUGGGCGUUCAGCCUUCCAGCAAAACUAUUCCAGAUGCACCAUUGGCAAUCACACAGCACCCGGUCUUCGCUGAAGCGGAUACGCAGGACGAAGAGGCUUUUGCCCCUGAUACGUCCAUCACGAGCCUAUCCAAAUUGUCUCAUCUGGCAGAAGAUUCUGUCCCGUCCGUAGCUCAAGCAGCUGCUCACCUGUUGUUAAUGGAAGCUAUGUGGGCGUGGAAGCAAAAGGCAACUAGUGGCGACAUUGCUAUAAAACUGCUUUCUUUGCUCUCGGUCCGCAACGUAGGCCUGCAGCCAGAGAAUGAGAAAAUUCGCAAUCAGUUACUGGCUGGCCUUAUGGAGAUUUCUGUUCCUCGAUUCUAUGCAUGGUGGCACGCUGUCCACCAGACGCUAUCAAGCACGAUCCGUGAGGAAGGCUUCAUGGAGCUACCUGCCGAUCUAUUACCGCCUAUAGAUGUUAUGAUUAUCUGGCAUGCGUAUAUGCUCCAGCCCGUUAUCUACGCGGACGACUGUUCUCGGCUGGACGUACCUCACAUGCGCCGCAUUCUGUUCCCCUGGCAGGCAGUGGUGGAUGCAAUAGACAUCAAAACGACCGGAUACUGCAUAUCUUCUGCUGCCAGAGAGUUCUUCGAAAAGACUUCCGGACAAUCAGCCGAUCUACUUGAAAUGCUCUGCACAGAAGAGCAUCAGUUAGUUUACGAUAUAACCUGUCCAUACUGCCAUACUACCAGACAACUACCAAUCAUACCUACCGCGCAGACCGAAGACAUCAACCAGGGUUUCGAGCUUGAAUGCGACUGCGGCUACGCACCGUCCGUGGACGCCCUGCGCAGCGAUCUUCUUCACCUUCGUCAAACCAGAGAGUCGCGACUUCGAGGAACAUAUUCGAACCCCGAUCUCGCUCAAGCAUUGUAUCCCCUAGCAAGAGCGCUACCAAUACCCAUCCUAGAAUCCAACACCAAGCGCGAAACCUUCCUCCACGCUAUCCACACCGCAAGUUACGAAAGCAACACACCACAAUGGGCAGUAAAGACAUUGCUAUCGUUCUACAUACCAACCUCCCCAGUGACAAAGGCAUCAUCAGCCCACUACUCCUCAGUACUGCGCGGGAUGCGCUUCGUCGACGAGAUGCACAAGCAAUGCUGGCUGCGUUCACCAGCCCUCUGUGUUCGGUCUACAACCGGUCCAUCGGAACUCGUCGGUACUCUGCCACGAGCACAGCAGAAAUACCGCAACUUCUUGGAUCUAGCUCCCCCGUCAAAUGAUAUAUCUGUUACUCCAACAUCUGACGUGGAUCUGUUCUGGCAUACGCACCAGCUGUCCCCGGGCCCGUACCGCCGCUUCUGUAUCCGACAUGUAGGGAAGUUUAUGGACCAUAAUGAUAAAGUAGUCCAUGAGAACCUGAAUGGUUCGUUUGAGGCUACACAGAAGGCGUACUGGGAAAGAUUCAAGGGGGAGUAUGAUGCUUGUCUUUGUUGGCCGUGCGAGUUAGAACGGAAUGAUCAAGAGACUACUGUGUCUAGUGAUGAAAUCUUGUCGAAUCGACAGGACUACCGGGACUGGGUUCGCCGAGUUAUUGUUGUGUUUUGGCAGGAAGUCGAGGCCCGGCGCGAAAAGGGACUACCAGGCCUGGAAAGGAAGAGCCUAGAGGAAGUUCUGGCUAAGGGGCCUCGCAGGCGAAGUUCCUUGGUUUCUAUUUCUUCGUUUAAAUCAUGGAUAUAA